GCGCUUUACUCCACCAUUUCACAAGUUGAACCGCAUGAAAUGUGAUUUCCUCCGCUGCGAUUUAAGCCGUUUCGCCGUUCUUAUUGUUGAAUUUCGUUAGUUUUAACUUGUUAGAAACGUUCUAGUACCGGUUAGGACCCCAAAAAACCAUCGAAAAUGUUCUGGGGUUUGAUAAUGGAACCGGGGCGGUGUUACACCCAAACGGUAAAAGUAGCAUUCCACGUCUCAAUGGCUGCAUUGGACAUUUCAAAUUCGGGGGAUGAACCAGCACAAAUAAUGUGCGUUUUUGAGGGGCGCAAUUACCUCCUAUGUACGUUGAGUAAGGAGGACAAGUGGCAGUGUGCCUUGGAUUUAAAUUUUGAGAUUGGUUCUAAGGUUUCUUUUGCUACAAAUGGUAAAUCUCACGUGCAUUUGACUGGGUAUUUGACCGGUCUUGAUGAUGAGCUUGAGGAGGAAGAAGUCGAAGAAGAGGAAGUCCCAAAACUUUUGAAAAAACGCACUAAAAUGCAACACAUUGAAGAACCACCUAGUAAAAAAUCAAAAGCUCUUGAAAACUCAAUUGAGGAGGAGGAAGAGGACGAAUCUGAUUCAGAUUUCGACCUUGGGAAAGUAAUGCAACAGUCUGAAGAUGAGGAAGACUCGGAUGAAGAAGUUGAGGAGGAAGAGGAGUUGAGUGCGUGGGAAGAAGAAGCCUCGAGUUUGAGUGACAAAGAAAGCGAGGAAGAAAAAGAAGUGAAACCCAAACAGAACGGUAUUGCAAAACCCACCCCCAAGAAGAAGAAAAACGAAGAGAAGCCAAAACAAGAGGAGAAAAAAGAGAAACAGAAGCCCAAACCUAAACAGUCCAAUUUGAAAGGGGGCGUUGUAAUACAGGACAUCAAAGAAGGCUCCGGUGAUGUGGUCAAAGACGGGAAAUUUGUCCACGUGUACUACGAGGGACGUCUCAAGGAAAAUAACAAGAUGUUUGAUUCCACCACCAAAGGGCCCGGAUUUAGUUUCAGGGUUGGGAAAGGAGAGGUUAUCAAAGGCUGGGAUGUUGGUUUAAUUGGUAUGAAAGUUGGGGGAAAACGACGCAUUAUUUGCCCACCUAAAAUGGCUUAUGGACCCAAAGGCUCGCCCCCUGUUAUCCCCCCAAACGCAAACUUGAUUUUUGAUGUUGAAGUCAAGAAAGUCAGUUAAAUGUUUUGAUUUUGUGUAAUCUCAUCUCUAAUUUGCUUUUUUAAUUAUCACUUUCAGUUAAAAAUAAACGGUAUUUUUUUCUUA